UGUGUGUGUGUGUGUGUUUGUGUGUUUGUCAGAAUCUGUCUAUGUUAAGAUUGUUCCGCUUCGGUCCUUUACGUUCUUAAAUCCACUGGUGGUUGAGGUCUUUCAUGGAAACAUGACAACCCAGAUGAUAUACUGUUGAUACUGGUGUGACAAGUACUCUGGAAUAUGGAAUUACACUUAACAGAAAAAGCCGUCUCCGUGGAGACAUGUUCAUUUUGCCACAAGAAGAAACCCUUUGUGUUCAUCUGCCUGGUCACACUUUUGCUCUUUCUGAGUUACCAGAUCAGUAAGCAAGGUUGGUUGCAAGUAGAAUCCCUAUACACCAACCAAGACACCAUCGGUAACGGAAGCUUCCUUACCAUCCUUGUGUGGUACUGGCCGUUCGGCGACAGAUACCCCCUGGAGGGGGACGUGUGCAAGGACCAGUACCACAUUCCAGGCUGCCGUCUGACGGAUCAGAGGAGCCUGUACCACCAGGCGAACGCUGUGGUCUUCCACCACCGAGAACUGCAGCAGAGACUCCAGGUCCUCCCCCUCAACUUGCUCCGCCCCCCACACCAGAAGUGGAUCUGGGUCUCUCUGGAGUCCCCAGAGAACAGUGGGGACCUGAGUCACUACAGCAAUGUGUUCAACUGGACCAUGACGUACCGCCGUGACGCCGACAUCCCCAUACCCUACGGGGAGCUUAUUAGGAAACAGGCUGUGAAUUCUAGUUCUGACAGCAUAGAGGACUCCAUUACACAAAAUAAAUCUAAAUUGGUCUGCUGGGUGGUCAGUAACUACAAUGCCCGCCAUAGGAGAAUCCAGGUGUACAAAUCCCUGAUAAAGACCAUCCCAGUAGAAGUGUACGGGAAAUGGAACAAGAGGCCACUAGCCAGUGCCAACCUCCUGCCCACUAUGUCUCACUGUUACUUCUAUCUCUCCUUCGAGAACUCUCUCUCCAAGGACUACAUUACAGAGAAGCUCUGGCACAACGCCUAUAUGUCUGGGGCGGUGCCUGUGGUGUUAGGCGCAUCAUUGGAGGAUUACAAGGCAGUGGCCCCACCCAACUCCUUCAUCCAUAUUGAUGAUUUUGCAUCAGUGGAAGAGCUAGGGAGUUACCUCCGAAAUCUGUCUCAAAACCAACAGAAAUACGCAAGUUAUCAGGCUUGGAGACUGGACUAUAAGGUGAAACGUUUAUGGAGCUGGGUCGAAAGGUUCUGUAGGAUCUGUUUACACCAUCACAAUCUGUCUGCACAGACAGUUUACCAAGAUCUUCAAGCUUGGGUAACAGUGUAACUUAAAUCAGUUGCAUAAUUUCUGUUCUGCUUUUUUCUUACAUUGUUUUUCCUUAAUGGCACAUUUAGAAUAAACUGAACAUUGUA